UCAGAAUGAUUUUGAAAAUGCUCUGUAGGCGACAUUCGGUAAUGUAGUAUGUACGGAUGAUACUUAGUUGCGGGUCACGCUUACGAUUACGCGGGAUAGUUAAAGUUUUUAAUAUAAUUUUACGGGAUUUAGUGAAAAUGGGACCUCUCGAGAGUGCUAAAAGAGUCGCUGCUUACAAGGCUGUCGAUGAAUAUGUGAAGGAUAACAGCGUUAUCGGGAUCGGUAGCGGAUCUACUAUAAUUUAUGCUGUUCUUAGACUUGUUGAACGUGUGAAGGAAGAGAAGCUAAAUGUUAUUUGUAUUCCAACCUCGUUCCAAGCUCGUCAAUUGAUUCUUAAUAAUCACCUUACAUUGGGUGAUUUAGAAACCUAUCCUAAAUUGGAUUGUGCAAUUGAUGGAGCAGAUGAAGUCGAUUCCCAGAUGAAUCUUAUCAAAGGAGGAGGAGGUUGUUUGCUUCAAGAAAAAAUUGUUGCAUCUUGCGCAGAUCAGUUUGUUAUAAUAGCUGAUUACACAAAAAAUUCCCAGAAACUUGGAGAACAGUACAAGAAAGGUAUUCCCAUUGAAGUAGUUCCUAUGGCAUACAUUGCCAUUCAAAAACGAAUCGAAGAGAGUUAUGGAGGAAAUGUACAAAUAAGAAUGGCUUUGGCUAAAGCCGGUCCAGUUAUAACGGAUAAUGGUAAUUUCAUCCUGGACUGGCAUUUUCCGCAAGAGCUGAGCAAUUGGAACAAAAUCAAUACAGACAUUUCAAUGAUACCUGGAGUUAUCGAAACAGGCCUCUUUAUAAAAAUGGUUAAAAAAGUAUUUUUUGGUAUGCCUGAUGGCAGUGUUAAAGAACAGUUCUAAAAUUUUUCUAUAGCAUUGGUUUAAAUGUUGAAAAUACGUUUUACGAUACACGUCUAUCGACUCAUUUAUUUUCAUUGUACAUGACAAAGGGAACACUGGUCCCACCUCUGAAGUGAUAACACAUUUAAUGCUCAUUUGUCAUUCAUUUUACUCAUUUUCAUUACUCUCAUAUAUUUAUGUACAUAUACAUAUACAGACUGAAACAUUUUCUGUACUCAUUUUUAGAUAUUUACAUUUUCAUUCAUGAAAAAAUACGUUUAGUACUAGGUCUUUCGUUUCAACCAAAGUUUCGUCUUAAGCAUGGUAUAUCGAAUGUGGUCGAGUAAUUAUGUACAAUACUUAUGAAAAAUUUUAAUGUUCAAACGAUGUAAACAAAAAUGGAAUAUAAAUUAAAAUACAAAUUUGUACACUACGUUCUAUAGU